AUGGCAUUGAUCGAAACGCGUGUCGUGCCAGAGGUGCCGAUCGAUUAUACGGCGCUUCUGUGCCGGCGUCCAAACGAGAGCGUGCGCAUACCUGCGCCUCCGACGCGGCUUUCGUUCCUGGAGCAGAUUCUGCGCGCGAAUGCCGCGACGAAAGAGAACGAUGCACGCAACGAGGCGGCGCCGACGGAGGACAUGGGCGCGUCGCAAAGCGCGCUGCCCGAAGAGCUUGUGCCGCCGGAGAACUUUGCCAUGGUAAACUCGUGGAUCUACCGCAGCAGCUUUCCCAAGAAGAAACACUUUCCUUUUUUAAAAACGCUCGGGCUACGGAGUGUAUUAACAUUGAUCCUCGAAGACUACCCCGAGCAGAAUAUCAACUUCUUGGACGAAAACGGCAUUCGUUUUUUUCAGUACGGUAUCCCCGGGAACAAGGAGCCGUUUGUACAGAUCCCCGACAAGACUAUCACCGCCGCGCUCGUAACGCUACUCGACCGACGAAACUACCCGAUCCUGAUCCACUGCAACAAAGGCAAGCACCGUACCGGGUGUUUGAUUGGAUGUUUACGCAAACUACAGCAGUGGUCGCUGACGACCAUCUUUGACGAGUACCGCCGCUUUAGUUUCCCCAAAGCGCGGAGUAUGGACCAGGAAUUCAUCGAGCUCUUCCACGAGAGCGAGGUGUGGCCGCAGAUCGAGCCAAAGUGGCUGCCGCGCUGGGCGGUCUUGGUACGCGGCACACCGCAGAGUAUGCACGCGAUCCAGGAGCUUGGCGCGGAAGAAGAGCACGAAGAAGAAGUGCGCGGAAUGUAA